CCCCGCUUCGUCUUCUCAGUUUAGAACCGUGCAAAUACAGUCAACCUCUCCACUCUCUCUCUCUCUCUCUCCACUUCCACCAGAACUCUCUCUCUCCUCUUUCCCGCCUAUUUAAUCCUGCAAUGCUCUCUCAAUCCCACUUCCUCUCUCUCUCCUCGAAUCCCUCCCGCUCUCUCCUCACCCGCCAAUUCCCCUCCCCUCCCUCAACCCUAACUCUCCCGAUCCCUCGCCGCACCAAAUUCACUCCGACGACAAUAAUGAUCUCAAACUCAAAGUUAGCUGAUCACACGGAACCAAUCCAUCACUUCGACCUCGACCGAUUCGCCGGGGUCGGCAACGAGCUCGCCGACGCCGCCGGAGAAGUUAUUCGCAAGUACUUCCGCAAGAGCUUUGACAUUCUCGAUAAAGAUGAUUUGAGUCCUGUGACGAUUGCUGAUCGGGCGGCUGAGGAAUCGAUGGUGUCGAUUAUAGAAGAGAAUUUCCCUUCUCACGCAAUUUUCGGAGAAGAGAAUGGUUGGAGAUGUAAGGAGAAAUGUGCAGAAUAUGUUUGGGUUUUAGAUCCGAUAGAUGGAACUAAAAGUUUUAUUACUGGAAAACCCUUGUUUGGCACUCUCAUUGCUUUGCUACACAGAGGUAAACCGAUUCUUGGCAUAAUUGAUCAACCUGUUUUAAGAGAAAGAUGGAUUGGGAUAAAUGGAAGGAAAACUACGCUGAAUGGGGAAGAAGUAUCCACACGCAAUUGUGCAAAGCUUUCACAAUCCUAUCUGUACACAACUAGUCCUCAUCUUUUUAGUGGAGAUGCUGAAGUGGCGUUUGCUCGAGUUAGGAGUAAGGUAAAAGUGCCUCUGUAUGGCUGCGACUGUUACGCUUAUGCUCUUCUCGCCUCAGGUUUUGUGGAUCUUGUGAUUGAGUCUGGUCUUAAGCCAUAUGAUUUCCUUUCGCUAAUACCCGUGAUAGAAGGCGCUGGAGGCGUUAUAACUGAUUGGGGAGGGCAUCAACUUCAGUGGGAAGCUUCUAUAGAUUCACUUCCAGAAAGUUUCAAUGUAUUAGCAGCCGGAGGCAAAGAGCUUCACCAACAAGCUCUAGAGUCAUUGGAAUGGCAAUGAAAAUUUGACCGAAGCAAUUUAAGAUGGUAACAUUUUUCAGCUCUAUUAAUGGUUCACCUACUUGUGCUUAGAAUAGUUGUGGGCUCUGGAGACAGACACAGAAUGACUUGAGGUGAACCGUGGAAGUCGAGAUUAAACAAGUGGAAUAGCGAUUUGUUUUUCUGAUUAUGUCUUUUGAUAAAGUUUUUAAGCAGUCAAUUGCAAGGCAACCUGUCAAAUGUAAGACCUAUGAUAAUCUAUUCCCAAUAAAAAUAGGUUUAAAAUAA